AUGAAACUAUCAAUAGUAUUUUUUUGCGCGAUACUAUCGGUAUGUUACGGAUACCGAAUAUUAGGAGUGUUUCCUUUCAACGGAAAGAGCCAUUUCAUGAUGUUCGAACGACUGAUGAAGAUUCUGGCCAAUAAGGGCCAUCAAGUUGACGUGAUCUCCACGUUCCCCUUGAAGAAACCGUAUCCGAAUUAUACAGAUCUUAUUGUGCUUCCCGUAUCUUCGUCAUGGAUAAACAAUUUAACUUUUCACGAGAUACAAAAUUCGUUCAUUGUAUCAGCUCCUUUCAUCGUGGGACAAAUGGCAGGAAAUAUGAUUUGCGAAUUUUUGAAAUAUCCGAAGAUACAGGAAUUAAUACACGAUCCGCCUAAAAACCCGCCUUACGACGCGAUCAUCUUGGAGAUAUUCGGUGCACACUGUUUCGGUAUAAUAGCCGACGUUCUGAAAGUACCGAUGAUAGGAGUGAGCAGCUCUGUGCUCUACCCUUGGUCCUACGAUUACAUCGGAUGUCCUCACAAUCUUGCAUACGUGCCGCACAAUUUACUUUCCUACUCCCAGAAUAUGAAUUUCUGGCAGAGGAUGUACAAUUUUUUGGACAAUCUUUACUCGAUGUGGUUGUUCAAUCAUGUGACGGUUAAGCAGACGGAGAUUAUGAGGAAAUACGUUAAACCCGAUGCGCGAGAUAUCAGAGAUUUGGAGAAGAAUAUGUCGAUAAUCUUAGUGAAUUCGCAUAUAUCGACAAAUGGUAUUAAAAACUUGAAUCCGGCACUCAUAGAAGUCGGAGGAUUGCACGUACACGAUGACGAAACAGUAUUAUUACCACCUAGUCUGGAAAAAUGGAUGAACGAGAGCGAACACGGAUUUAUCUAUUUCUCGUUCGGUUCGAUGGUGAUGAUCGAAUCGUUCCCGAUCGAAACCCUUCGAAUCUUUUACGAUUCUAUGAGGAAAAUAGCACCUGUUCGCGUGUUGAUGAAAAUAGCAAAAUCGGACAAACUUCCGCCUGGUUUGCCGGAAAACGUCUACAUUUUACCGUGGAUACCGCAAGUCAAAGUUCUCAAGCAUCCGAAUAUAAAAGCAUUCAUCACGCAUGGAGGUCUUAUGGGAAGCCAAGAAGCUAUUCAUUAUGGAGUUCCAAUGAUCGGUAUACCUUUGUUUGCUGAUCAGUUUAUAAAUAUCGAUAACUACGUUCGAUUGAACAUUGCAAUAAAAUUAAAAAUUGUUAGUCUAACUCAAGAAGAAAUGGAUCACGCCUUGAAUGAAAUUUUAAAUAAUCCUAAAUACAAAAAAGCGAUAAAGGAACUUUCGAAGAAGUUUUUAGAUCGACCGAUGAAUUCUGCGGAUACUGCAAUUUAUUGGAUCGAAUAUAUUAUCAAAUAUGGAUCAACUGCGCUCAGAUCACCUGCGAUGGAUCUAACGUGGUGGCAGUUGGAACUAUUAGACGUUUGCGGAUUCCUCUUGAUAGUGGCGUUAAUAGUACUUUAUCUUCUAACGAUAGGAUUACAAUUCAUAUAUCGUUUAAUAAAUUCGAGUUUCAUUGUGCCACAAAAGAAAAAAAUAUCUUAAGAUUCUUAGAAUUAUUAAAUUAUUGAAAUUCUUUGUUUCUGUUUUAAAUUUAUAAUUUUAAUUAUUCAUCUUAUGACUCUUCUUGUCCUUUCGAAAGGUUUUUAAAUUUAACU